CGGUGGGGCGGGGGGCGCCUUUAGGAGCCGGCCGCGGGCCGCGGGUCCGUAGGGGUGCGGGGCUGUGGACUGGGAGGCCCGAGUGCUGAACCCUGAGACUCCUGCGCGCUCCCGCUUUCCUCGCAGCAGCCUCCGCGCCCUGCGCCGCCCGCCCAACGGGGGCUCCACAGCUCUCGCCUCGGCCUCACUAGCCGGUCCGCCCGGCUCUAGGCAGCUCCUCCGGGAGCCCUCCGAGAACUGGUGCCCCUCGCGUUCCCCCGGUGCUCGACGGGGCCGCCUAGGGCAUGGUGCCCUCCCCGGCUAAGCGAAACGCUGCCGAGCGGGAGACGGGCGAGACAGAGUCGCUCGACCCCGCACCCAUGGGGGCCAACCCGCUGCCCGGCCUGGGCCCCUCAGACGGCCCCGAGGCGGCCGCCGAGAAGCUGGAGGUCGAGUUGGUGGAGCCCACGGGUGCCGAGCCCCCUCAGCCUCCCGAGGGUGGCUGGGGCUGGCUGGUGAUGCUGGCGGCCAUGUGGUGCAACGGGUCGGUGUUCGGCAUCCAGAACGCCUGCGGGGUGCUUUUCGUGGCUAUGCUGGACACCUUCGGGUCCCAGGACGAUGACCAGAUGGUCUUCAAGACAGCAUGGGUAGGUUCUCUCUCCAUGGGGAUGAUUUUCUUUUGCUGCCCAAUAGUCAGCGUCUUCACGGACCUAUUUGGUUGUCGGAAAACAGCUGUUGUGGGAGCUGCUGUUGGAUUCAUUGGACUCAUGUCCAGUUCUUUUGUGAGUUCCAUCGAACCCCUGUAUCUCACCUAUGGGAUCAUAUUCGCCUGUGGCUGCUCCUUCGCCUACCAGCCUUCGCUGGUCAUUUUGGGACACUACUUCAAGAAGCGCCUCGGCCUGGUGAAUGGCAUUGUCACCGCCGGCAGCAGCGUGUUCACAAUUCUGCUCCCUUUCCUUUUAAGGGUUCUGACUGACAGCGUGGGCCUUUUCUACACACUGAGGGUCCUCUGCAUCUUCAUGUUUGUUCUCUUCCUGGCCGGCUUUACUUACCGACCUCUUGCUACCGGGGCCAAAGAUAAAGAGAGUGGAACCAAAGGAGGCGACAAAUUCUCCCUCUUUUCCAGGAGAAAAAUCAGUCCUCCAAAAAAAAUUUUCAAUUUUGCCAUCUUCAAAGUGACAGCUUAUGCAGUGUGGGCAGUUGGAAUACCACUUGCGCUAUUUGGAUACUUUGUGCCUUAUGUUCACUUGAUGAAACACGUGAAUGAGAGGUUUCAAGACGAAAACAAUAAAGAGGUGCUUCUCAUGUGCAUUGGCAUCACUUCAGGGGUCGGACGGCUGCUCUUUGGGCGGAUUGCAGACUACGUGCCUGGCGUGAAGAAGGUUUACCUUCAGGUGCUUUCCUUCAUCUUCAUCGGUGUGAUGUCCAUGAUGAUUCCCCUGUGCAGCGUCUUUGGGGCCCUCAUCGCCGUCUGUCUCAUCAUGGGCCUCUUCGAUGGAUGCUUCAUUUCCAUUAUGGCCCCCAUUGCCUUUGAGUUAGUCGGUGCCCAGGAUGUCUCCCAAGCAAUUGGAUUUCUGCUCGGACUCAUGUCUGUACCCAUGACUGUGGGCCCACCCAUUGCAGGGUUACUUCGUGAAAAGCUGGGCUCCUACGAUGUGUCAUUCUACCUCGCCGGAGUCCCUCCCCUUAUUGGAGGUGCUGUCCUUUGUUUCAUCCCAUGGAUCCAUAGUAAGAAGCAAAGAGAGGUCAAUAAAACCACUGGAGGAGAAAAAACAGAGAAAAUGCUGGAGAACCAGAACUCUUUGCUGUCAAACUCACCUGAAAUCUUUAAGAAAGAAUCUGAGUCUUCUUUUAAUGUCCAACACACCUCCACCAGACUGGACUUGCUUUCAGAAGUUUAAGCAAAUUUUCCUUUUAUAUGAAUUACAAAUUUCUUAUUUUUUUAAUCACAUCCUAAAAACAAUAGCACAAUAAUUGGGAAAUAGAACUCUUAUUACACAAGAACCAUUUUCUGCCACUUAAUAGCUGUCUGAUAUUUCCAUGAGUCUGAGGGCAGAAACUGGUACAUGAAAACAUGUCUGAAAGUCAAAUAUUGUGAGAAUUUGAAGCUACCGUGUUUUCCAGAAAAUAAAACCUAGCUGGACAAUCAGCUCUAAUGGGUCUUUUGGAGCAAAAAUUAGUAUAAGACCCGAUCUUAUAUAAGAUCGGGUCUUAUAGUAAAAUAAGACCAGGUAUUAUAUUAAUUUUUUCUCCAAAAGACGCAUUAGAGCUGAUUGUCCAGCCAGGUCUUAUUUUCGUGGAAACAGGGUAUUUCAGUAAAAAGUACCUUUGGAAACUGUGAAUGCUACUCAGCUUCUACAAAUAUUUAAAAAUACCUCAAGCUGUACUGAAAGGUUUGCAAUUUGGUUAGGACUGGAAAUAUUGUUUGUUGUCUCACGUGCUUGUUUUUAAUUCUGGUAUCUCUAUUUUAAUAUCUUCUGCUAUUUGGAAACUUGUUAUAAAAUUUAAGUCUCGAUUCUAGAUAAUGUGAAAUCCAGCUAAACCUCAAGUUUAUGUUCAAGUUGCUUGCUUGCUGUUAAAUAAGCUAUGAAAUACAGUUGUUGGCACUUGCUCUAGUGUCAGGGCCCUUCUUGGAGCAGACGAUAACAAUGUAUUCAGCAUGAAUACAUGAGAUGAGAAGGAUCCUGUUCGUAAGAGCAGAGCAGUUCAAAAAUCAGGCAUUUCUUCCAUUUACGUGUGUUCCUUUUGGGUUUGCAGUGCAUUUUGCUCAAGUAGCCAAAUUCUAACAAUAAAGUAAAAUAGAAUGAAAGAAAGAUAUCCUAGCAAUUUUAACAUACAAUUUUUCUAACUACUGAAUUUGUUAGCGCUGGGACCUGGUAUUCAAACUAGUCUUAUUGAGCUUGUAUCAAGUUGUAGUUUCAGGCAUAAACGGUGGGGAAAAAUUUUUGUUUGUGAUAAUAAUAUCUAUUUCUGAUAGAAACAGUUGCUCGAAUUGGUUUAUGAAAUUACUGGGUCUAGAAAGGCUAAAAAUAUUUACAAAGAGAAACAACUCCUACAUUUCCAAAACCUUCUGGCAGAAAAUUGCAUUCAUAUGUUUUUAUACUAGUGUGCCCCCAUAACAUUCCCAGUAUUUUUUCUGUGUAUACAAAGACAAUUGUAAGAAAACCAUUAGAGUUUCAAAUACCUAAAAUUAAAAUCAAAGACCCAUACUCGUGUACAAAACAUAGGAACACUUUCCUCAUCCCUGAAAUUAUACUUUAGUACAUUUUUGUUUCUUAUUUAGGUCUUAAAUAGUUAACAACAUGCGAAGUAUAUUUAAAUCUUAAAUAUAUUUAAAUCUUAAAUAGGGAUGGGAAGUAUAUUUAAAUCUUAAAUAUUUCAAAUGUAUCUUGUCCACCUGGGGAAAAUGUCAUUUUCUAAAGCACCUCCAAGAUCCAUCUGUUUCUAAAUUCUCUGUAAGGAGAGAAAGUUAGUGUGUUAUCUCCCUACUUUACUUUUCAGCUUCUGUUGUUUCCGAAAGGCAAAGUCCGUCCAUUCCUUGUCUCUAGCUAAGGAUGGAGAUACCUGGAAAGCAUAUGUAUUUAUAGCUGCUAGGGGGCUCGCAGGGGACUGGAGGGAAGUGAGGCUGUUAAACAGCUAGAAAACCCCGUAACUUUUCCUUUCAGUAUCAGCUUCCUUAUCUGCAACCUUGAAAGUUCAAAGUGGGAACACUAAAUGUGGAAUCUAUUUUUAAUAGGAUUUAAAUAAUUUUGAUUGUGAAGACAUUCAGCAAUUUACUAUGUCAUACACACAGUUGCAACUUACUACUUCCAAUACUUCCAUAUUUCAUACUGAGGAGACUUAGGUAAUUUGUUUUUUUGGAAGGGUCAAUAAACAAAAUAAAACAAAACACCCCCUACAUUUGACCACACUGCCCUUUCAUGUUCUUAUUUUAAACUUUUAGAAAAUGACUUAGAAAUGAUAAUGUAAUACAUUAUUAGGUUCUUCAUUUAUUCUUGCCCAGUUAUAAAAAACAUUAUUUCCUGGUUAUGAUCAGUGCUUUUGAGAUCAGCAAAAACAUACAACUAAGACUAAUCAUCAAACCUGCCAUUAUAACAUUUUUUUUUACAGUUUUAGCAGACUCCUAAGACUACCCCCACCACCAAUUUUACAGAACGAAUAAUUCUGAAAUAGAAUGCUCACUCUGUAAAGACCUCCAAAGUGUCUUCCCUUUCAAAAUUUGGUCGAUUUUAGGGGGGAAAAGGUAAUAAUCUGAAACUCGAAGAUUUGAUCUUGCUUUGUGAGUUUCCAUAUUAAAAGAGCAACAUGACUUAAGUAUUUAUAAUAAAACUUAGAUCUCAUAAUAUUACACAAUAUAUUGCAAAUAUGUAGUUUUCAGUCCAAUGGAAUGAAUCAAAUAGGAUCUAUAACAUCAAAAAAGCUCCAUUGUAGGAGACUCUUAUGAAGAAUACUGUGCUGUAAUAUAAAAUUAAAAAGAAAAACUAUAAAAGGUACAAUGUUAAGUUCCACAAACGCAUAUUUAGUAAUAUGUUUGAUACAAAAGUUCUAUAAGUCUAAAGUUCUAAAAGGUCUACAAACUAAGAAAAUGAAAAAUACUAAUAUCCAUCAUCAAGAUGUGUUGCAGACCAAGAAAUAUUACAGACCAAUAAAAUAUUUUCUUUUCCUCAAAGUAAAUCCUCUUCAAUUUCUGAACAGAGUGUUACUUUGCCAUAAAGUGAUCUGAUGGGCCUAAAUUUUGUUUGUUUAAUCCGGAUACUUUAUUGCGAGGAAAAGAAUAGGGUCGGAACUCUGUAUUCUGUUUCAUUAUCCUAAUUCUGAUAAAACUCAGCAAAUUCUCACAUUCAAAAGGUUGUGGCAUCCGAGGCCAAGAAUAACAUAAGAAGGGAAUAAUUAGUAUUCCUCCUUCUAGAAACUCUGGAUCAGAUACACUUGUAACUGAUGCUCAGUGGGCUUCCAGAAACACUUUGGUUCAUUUCACUGCAGUGGUUAUUAUUGGGAUCCAUCCAUUUCAGUAAUAAACCACCCAGGUUACUGAUGCUUUAUUCAAAAUGUAUAAAUCUCUUUUAUCACAGUUGCAAUGCUUAGUCUAUAGCCCUACUACAAGACUUGUAAUUUCCUCUGGAAAUUGCAUAGUGAUUGCAUUAUUUCCAAUUCUAUUCAUAAAUAGAAACGACCUCAUUUACGUUUCAUAAUCCAUGAUCUGUUUAUACAUAUUUGCAGAUGAUCACAUGGGCUCUGCCCAAGUAUGGAGACACCUUUAAUGCUAUUAGCUUCAACUGCUUCUUAUACUUUUAAAGUAAAUGUACACUUAGUUGGAAAGUAAACAUGUAUAUUUACUCUUUUCAUAUUAUCUUUAUCCUUACCAUUCUUUUUCUCUUUAAUUACCCCUACCCUUCAAAAAUCUGCUGGAGAGUCCAAUUAACAUCCUCGCUUAGUUCUAAGGGCUGUCCAGCUGCACUGCGUACUGGUCACUAUAGUUUCAGAGGAUGGAACCCCAUCCACUUUUGUGUAUCUUGGAGAAUGGCUUGUUCUCAGCCUUCAGUUUAGAGUUCUAAUGGUCUGUAUUGAAAAAGUUCUUUUAAUUAUAUGCUAAAAAUUUGGAGGGGAAGUCCUAAGUUUCAUGUAAUUGGAUCUCUUGUGCUAACAUAUAAAACUUUAUUUAAAUGUUUUGAGGUAAAUGCUUUGAGAGAAAAAACUGUCAAGAUCUUGGCAUAAUUAUUUUCGGAGCAUAAUUUUUUUACCUUGAUUUUCCUAUUCCUUUAAAGUUUCGCCAAAUUUUAGUCCUGAGAGCACGUCAUGGAGGAUGGCCUGGAAUGUAGUGCGCCUCUCGGAUGUACCUCCUAAGAACCGUCCUUAGGCUGGGUCACACUUCAUGAUGAGUCUAGAUCAGGGGUGUCCAAACUGCGGCCCGCGGGCCAACUGCGGCCCGCAAUCCAUUGUUGAUUGGUCCACAGCAAAUUCCAAAAAUAUAUUUAGUUUACUUAAAUAAACCAGGUGAGGCGAUACGUACUUCACCUCGAGUGAGUGGCCCGGCUGUUUGUGUAUUUUACCGCAUAUGGCCCUGGGUGAAAACCGUUGAAAAAAGUUUAGACACCCCUGGUCUAGAGGUACAAGUGGAAAGGGUAAGCUAAUUAGCUCCAAUUUUUAUAUAUGGAAACAAUUUAAAUAAAUAUGUAAAACUUAUUUAAACUCUUUAGGAAAUUUUGAACACUGAAAACGUCAUCGUUGCUGGCAUAAACCAUAAGGAGCAAUUUCAGUAUUGUGUGUUGCUUUUUUCCAAUGUGUCAAAAGUAGGAGGAAGUUAAACUUUAUUACUUUCUUCUUGCAUCUAUGUUAUUUUUUAAUUUGAAAGACAUGUGGUGUCUUGGCGUAUAGAAAAAUGCAUCAUCGAUAAGAGUUUAACUCUUAAAAACACAAACUUUUUGCCUUAUAAUCAAAACACAAACCAAUUAGCCAUUCAUCAUGGUGAAGUGGAAGGAGAACACACUACAGAAGGAAGGCGUGCUACUUUACUGACAGUCAUGAAUGCUGCUCAGAUUAUACUCGCUGACUUUUGUUGAUGAUUUAGUGUAAGGGAAAUAAAAAGACCCUCCAGAGAGAAGUCUGAGAACAGUUCAGGGAACCACGAGGCGGGAGCAGCGUCAGACAGCUCCUGGGCUCAUUAUCAGCUCACAGCCACAGCCAUGUUUAUCCUUUAUUUGUGGGCAGAGGCUAGUGCUUUGUUUUAUCGAUAUGAUACAGUGAUAGGUUACAAUUCUCAAGAAUAAAGGGCCAAAUGCCUGUAACAUUUAGUUAAAUGAAACCUGCAUUUAACUUAGAAUCACAAUUGUUGAACUAUCCUAAACGUGGACUUUAUCAGAUGAUUUCUGAAACAAUAAAGAACCAUGAAACAAAUCAUUGCCACAUCUUGAAUCACUCAAGGAAACCUUGCAAUUUGGGACAUAUAUUACUUAGUUUGUCCUUUUAAAAAAUUAUCAAUUUUUAAAUAGUCAACAUGGAUAAUCUUGACCUUUGUACAUUCACAGAAAUCCCCCAUGGUACUAUUUUCUUGACAGAUAUGACAUAGGAGGCUACCUCAUUUAGGACACAAUAGACUUCAAUGUUUUACUGGUAUGUUGGAAGGACAUUGGGAAUGAAAUGAAACCUUUCUAAGUACUUGAUCAUAACAGUCCACCUACCUCAGCUUUCAGUGUCCAACUAAAAGCCUUGCUUAAUCACCUCUUGUCUAAUCAGAAGGAAGCUAAUGGCGCUUUGGGGAUUAAAAGGCGAGGGAGGGCAAGUUAUUAAGGGGUCAGAAUAUCAGUAGAAGUGCUUAAGUGCUUUGUUCUGGUAAAUGGAUAUAAAAGAACAAAAGAGAAAUAUUAACUAAUGUGCCCUGUGGAUAAUCUCAAAAAAGGAAAAAAAAAACUGAAUUUAUAAUCCAUGCACAAAAAUGAACACUUACUAAAAUGCUUUACCAGUGGCUUUUCAAAUUAUACUGGCAGCUUGACAAUGAGGUCUUGUUUUCAUUUGUUUUCUUUGGCAAGAAGAUGGAGGACCACUGACAAGAGAUGGUAUGUUUGUGCCCUAACCUUACAGCUUACACGUGGAAGUCCUGGAAGAGGCUCCCCUUUCCUAGUGGUAAUGAGUUUUCUGUCUCCCUGGAGUUUUUGAAAAUGCUGUUGUUGAGUGUAGCAACAGUAUAGGAGUCAACCCACAAGUGUCCAAUCUGUAAAGCUAUUUUUAGCCUUUCAAUAUGAGUGCUGUAAGAAGAGUAUUUUGGAGUUGAAUGUCACUAAGCAUGUAAGGGAUAGGAACUAUCUAUAUAAAAUAACAUUUAGAAAUCAAAUUUCAUACGUGAUAUUAUUUUGGAGACUCUGAUAUGUAUGACUUUUAUUCUUUACCAGAUAAUACUUUUUAGUUAUCAGAAGAGUGGACUUUAAAAAUAUUUUAAAUGUGUAUAAACACAAACCUUUUCUACUGUGAUCUUCCCUAAAUGUAGUCUUUUAUAGUAUGUUCUAAUAUGCUAGAAAGUAAUGGGUAAAUGUGUCUUUUAUAAUUCAGCCUAUACUGGAAUAUUAAUUCAGGGAUGGAGGGCUUGUUAUCAAGGUGCUGUAUUUUGACCCGAGGCUCUGAACGAGCAGACUGUGUAUUUGGUGCCUUUUUUCCUACCAAAGAAAGAUUAGAUCAAGAUUGGUGCUAAAUUUCAUGUUCCCUUCAAAAUUAUUUUUUUCUUUUAAGUAUAUAUAACCCAAUAGGAAACGUAUAGACCCAGGGGUGUUAUGUAUGUUGCAUUUUGUAUAUGUAUGUAAGGGGGAAAACCUCACAUACAAAGCAAUUAUUGAGUUCAAAUAUUACUUAGAGGUAUGUAAUUUUUGUUAAUGUAUAAGGCUUUAGAGUAUACAACUCACAAGAAUAUAAUCACCAAAUGAAAACUUCAUGAUAAACACAGCCCCUAAGGUAAACUGUAAAGAAAAAGUCCCUGGUCAAUGUUUCUAGCACGAAGUUAGCUAUUCCAAGUAUUCUGUAAGUCUGAGGGUAUGUGACAAAAAAUUAUAUAUAUUUUACUAUAUAGUUAUACAUGCACAAAUUACUUUCUGUUGUGUUUAUUUAAGCAGAAAUUGUAAACUAUUUUUCAGGCUGAAAUUGGAGUUCUGGGAGUCAUCGAUUUUAAAACCUGGAUAAUCAGUUACGUACUUUAAAAAAAAAAUUCACACUGAAAAUAUCAUCAUUUAUCUUUCAGAUUUAACAGAAAGAUUUAAAUUAGUAAGGACUGUGUCUAGGUCAGUUUCGGCCAAUCUCAGACCUGUGAUUUAUGGAGGGCUCCCAGCUUCGUGGUUGUGGCUGUAUGACACUCACCUGAAAUUCCACCCAAAAUUCCACGUGGGUUUCUGAGUCCCCAUGUACCUGUAAGUAGGAUUCAGAUGAAGUGGGGACCACACGCUUUUAUUUAACCCUGCUGUCUUUAUAGACUUUGCCUUAACUCUAUUUUCUGAUGAUUUUGUAAAUAUAUGUUAGGAAAAUGAUACACGCUAUCAGACCAUACAUUCAGAAUCUACUCCUGGAUUCUCUGUUAACUGAUUGAUAAUUCUUUUCUACUGUUAACAUGGUUAACGUGGGAAGGAGAAUGGGGGGCUUGUCAAUCAGAAGUUACAGUAGGGUGAGAUUAAAUAUCCCUUUAAGAAUAACUUCUGACGUAACUGUUACUAUAGUGUGGUUUGAGAAAUGUAAGAUUGGACAGGCAUUGCACAAUGCUUGAUAAAUUUGCCUUCUGUCAGUUUGUUCUCCUACCGUUUAUUUUAGCCUGAGCGUUACAACUAUCACAGACUGAACCCUGCAGUAUUAUUAAGAGAGAGUUUGGGUAUUUUAAGUAGCUCCUAGUAUAAUAUGACCUUUUUCAUGCCAACUUAUUUUAAUGUUUAUCUGAAAAGUAGUAUUUAAAUUAUUUUGCAUAUUUUCAAAGUUAGAAAAACAUGCUUUACCUUGGACAUGAAAACCAAAUUAUUCCAAGAGCAUGCUGCCCACAGCCGUGUAACGCUGCUUCUCUACCUCCCCAGGAUGCCAUUUUUGGCACAGGAGUUGUUUAAAAUCUAGAUCUCCAUGUGAAAUGAUUAUGCUGGAUUUGAUCAGUAUGCAGUAUUUUAGUAUGUGCCUUUAAAAAUUUUUAUGUUUCUUUUUAAAGGGUAUAAUUUAUAAUUGAUUUUUAUAAUGUGAAAUUUAAUAGAGACACCCAAAAGAGCUUUGUAAUCAUUGGGAGGAUAAGAUCAUUUUAUGUGAAACAAUGUGAUAUUCUCAGUAAAUACAAUAAAAGCAUUUUAGCAAAUUUC